AUUCGAAGAUGCGUAAGCCGAGGAGGGCCCAGCCUGGCGUGCACACCGCCACUGGCCCUCCUGCCAGAUGAUUCCAGGACACCGCAGGAAAAGCCGACUUAGGGAAAAUUAUUAUUUUCGCGAGAAGGCAGCUGUGCGCACUUGGGGCGGGGGGAAGCUGUCGGUCACCUUGGGUAAGCGCAGCUCUGCGGUCAAAGGCUCUUUUCAGAUGAGGAAGCCGGACCGCGCUUCCUAAAGAUCCAAUCCUCGAUGACCAGGAAGUCCAGGUCCACGAGCUCGUCCAGCAUCUGCAAGCACUCCCGCACGGUGUUUACAUUGGCUUCCCCUUUGUGUUGAAGCUGGUGUUGAUGAGCGCGGCGAGCCCCGUGAGCUUGCCGACCGCGAGCAGCAGCGCGUGCACCCAGGGCUCGUCCGACCGGCUGACAGACUGAUGCCUGGCGGUGCCGUCGAAAUGCGCGAGCGCAGGGAACCUCUCGCGGACCUCCUCCCGCACGCGCGGGGCCAUGGUCAUGUAGGGCGACUCCACCUUCUCGCCGAAGACCUCCUCCAGCGCCUCUUCCGCGAUCAUCGGCGCCACAGGGCGGUACCACUGCCGGACCUUCAGGCGGUUCAUCCUGUCCUUCAUCGACUGGGAGUCGGGCACGGCCACCAGCGACCUGUGGCCCAGGGCACGCGGCCCGAACUCCUGGCGGCCGCGCACCACCGCGAUGAUGGGCUUGUCCGAGGUCCGGUUCGCCUCCCUCUGCCAGGCGGGCCCGCCAGCCAGCAGCUCCGCCACGGGAUACUCCACCCCGCCGAGGGCGCUGAGCCUCUCGGCCUGCCGCUCGGCAGCAGCGGCCUCCAGGAUGUCCUCGUCCCAGAGGCGGAAGCCCAGGUACUGCAGCGGCUGCUGCGCGAGGGGCGGCGCUGCAGCCCACAGGCCGCCCACAGAGAGGCCGCCGUCGUUGGGCGACGGGGGCACCCACAGCCGCAAGUCGCGCCGCGCGGCCUCCGAGGACCCGGGCGCGGCGCUGAGCACCGAGGAGCACAGAGAGUGCAGGAGCAGAGACGCUCGGAACUCCGCGAGGGCUUCUUAAAUCGGCGCUGGACCCCGCUCCCCGGCGCGCGGAGCGCGCCAGGGGCAACGCGAAGGGCGGACGCCAGCGCCGAUCUCCAAGAACUCCACGCGGACCUCCGAGAGUUGAUGGGCCUGUUUUCCACCACCACCA